CAUUUGAAUCGAUUACAUUUUUCGAACCGUUUGAUUUUUUCGUUCGUGGCGUAAGCAAGUUUUAUUUUGUUUUACAGUAGUCCAACGUUUGCCAAAAAAUAAUAAUUUAAUUUUCGGUUCAUAACUAAGCGGUAUCUACUCGCACAACAAUGCAUUUUAAAUAUGUUUUGUCACUUUUAACUGUUUGUGCUUCAACAUCCGCUGACUGUACGAAUGACAAGUCACCCACUUGCAACAAAAAAGACUAUCCAUUUAAAGAGGAUGAAUAUUCAACAGAGGAAAACAUCCCUCGAAAGAUCGACUUAUCUGAAGUCCAUUUUAUAAGUGAUGCUUUACAAUUGCAUUUGAACAAUUUGGAAGAACUUUACCAUUACUUACCACCUGCAGAAGCAUAUUUUUUUACAAGAUGGGUUAUAAUGAUGAAUUACAAGGCAAUGGUACAAAACGCAGGACAGUAAAAUGUAAACAUUUAUUGCGUUCAAAUUCAAUAAUCAAUAAUGCUGUUGAGAUUGUUAAUUCAACAAGACUACAAAAUAUUUUAAAAUCUGAUUCCAACGUAACUAGUGAUGAUACUCUUGGAGUGUGUGUAGUAGUAUACUUUUAUAGUAAUGAGUGUCCAUUCAGCUUAAUAGCUGCACCUCAUUUCAAAUUAUUUGCUCAUUUAUUUCCUCAAAUUAAAAUGAUUGGCAUUAAUUCCAUAAAUAACCAAUGGAUAAAUAACAUGUACAAUAUAAUUGGAAUACCAACAGUAAUUCUCUUUCACAAUGGUAACCCUAUUGCCAAAAAUGAAUACGCUGAAAAUACAUUUUAUGAGCUGAGCAAAUUCAUAAUUCUUCAUACAGAUCUGAAUCCAGUCGACAUAAAGAAAAUCUAUUUAAUGGAAUUAAUAAAUGCUGUAAACCGUGUCACUCCAAGAGCUUUAAAACCAGACUAUACUCUAUGGUUGGCAUGGUUUGUAAUUAUAUUCUGGAUAGUAUAUUAUGCUAUAACUAAAGAUUUAUGGACAAAAUAUGUCAACAAAAUUCAAAAUAUUUUGUUUGGCAAUGAAGAAAAUGAACAAUGA